CUUCCACCGAAAGGCGCGCGUGACGAAACAGUUGGGGCCUCCUCCACCUUCCCCUCUGCUCUGAGGCGAGGGGGCGGAGCCUCAGCCACACUUAGUUGUUGUACGUUGCGUAGUGCUGUCACAGAACAGAAGGUGUGCGGGAGACGGCGGGACAAGAGGAACCAAAGGCGGACCAAAUGGGUUAAACACAAAAACCGUCCACCUCGACAUGGGUUCAGACGCCAGCUGGAGACGAGAGCCGUUGCCAAAGUAACGAACCGUUUGCUCCUCUCUGGCGACUCGCGGGAGGGGGGGCUAUUAUGCCCGGCGUUAACGUGUCUGUGCGAAGUUUGUCCGAAGAAGAGAAACACCUCAGCCGCCGGAUGGACCAAAGUAUGGACUUCAACCCUUUGCUGAUGAUGCGUCGGGGGUCUUCAGACAACAAUCUGGAUCUGGACCCGUGUAACGAUAACCCACGCUCUGCACUUGGGCUGGAGGUCCAGCGAAGUCGCUCCUGUUUGGACAAUCUGCAGCAGAAGAUUCUGAAAGUCACGGAACAGCUGAAGAUUGAGGACACGGCACGGAAUGAGAACCUAGCGGAAUAUCUGAAGCUCAUGAACAGCGCUGACAAGCAGCAGGUGGGGCGCAUCAAGCAGGUGUUUGAGAAGAAAAACCAGAAGUCGGCGCAAAACAUUGCCAAGAUGCAGAAGAAGCUGGAGCAGUACCAUCAGAAGAUGAAGGACAGGGAAUUGCAACAUGUUUUGUCCUCUCGGCCUCCCCCCGUCAAACACAGCACCAUACCCAGAGAGUCCCCCAGACAGCUGCUCAAGGACAUGACCGGCAGCGGCAGACACCCCACCAUGGACAAGAUCAAAACCAUCGGACCCGGCGUUUCUCUGUCGCCGCCGUUCUUCUUCAGCAAGCCCAGAGAGUUUGCCAACCUCAUCCGGAACAAGUUCGGAAGCGCUGAUAACAUUUCCCAACUCAAAACCACUCUGGACACGUCCAACCAGCUGCCCACAGACAUCGCUGCGAAGGGGCUGAGCAGCAGCGUGUCCUUGGUGGGCAAGCCCAAGUAUCCCAGCGACGACGAGUGCUCCUCAGGAAGUGCCUCGAUUUCAGCCGAAAGCAACGGGAACGCGGUGAAGGUGCAGGGGCAGAGUCCCGGGCAGGAGCUGCCAGCCGGGGGAGAAGGCCAGAACCACAUGGACAUCUGUUUGGAGGAUAUAAAGAAAAUCCGAGGGGCGCAGGAUCAACUGGAGGAAGAUAUUGAGGAGAUAAGAGAACAAUUUAAGAGAGAAUACAACAUUAUCAGCCAAACACUACAGGAAGAGAGAUACAGGUACGAGCGCUUGGAAGACCAGCUGAAUGACUUAACAGAGCUGCAUCAGCAUGAAAUGACCAAUCUGAAGCAGGAGCUGGCGAGCAUAGAGGAGAGGGUGACCUAUCAGGCUCACGAAAGGGCCCGGGACAUACAGGAAGCUCUGGAGACGUGUCAGACGCGCGUGUCCAAACUGGAGCUCCAGCAGCAGCACCAACAGCAGACGGUCCAGCUGGAGAGCCACGACGCCCGCGUCUUAGUGGGGAAGAGCAUCAACAUCAUGCUGGCCAUCAUCACCGUCAUCCUGGUUUGCGUCUCCACCGCUGCCAAAUUCGCCGCUCCGCUGACGAGGAGCCGGUACCACGUGGUAGCCACCCUCCUGGGGGUGUGCUUUCUGACCGUCUUCUGGAAGAACUGGGAGCGACUGCAGUACGCGCUGGAGAGGUUGCUGGUGCCUGCUUGAGAAACACUGAACAUACAAUUGAUGCCGUCAGUUGUGAGAAUCGUCUCGUCUUAAGAGGAUUGGUUGUACAAUCUUUCGAAAGACGGUGGUUUUUAGAGGUCAAACUUUUUAAAUACAGACUGAAUCUUAAUUGCAUUUUAACUAACAAUUUCAUAAAAAGGAAAAAAUAUAUAUAUUUAUGCACUAAUUUUACUAGUUUUACAGAAGAAAUCGCAAUGAAAUCGUCAAGGAUUGAGAAGAGGCUCACAGACAGGAAGCAGGACAUCGUUAGUUGGCUGGAACUAUAAAACAUCCACACGGCUCUUUUAAAGAAACUCUGUCUUGGUAAUUGCAUUGAUUUGCUGUCUUGCAGCAGAGGUCCGAUCUCACAUCUGCUUCAUAAAGCCAUGUGGUUUAGCUUGGGUACGGGCUGCAGUUAAGCUAAGGCUGUCGGCUAAAAUCGCAUAAAAAUGUCGCAUAUUUCCAAAAUUCUGUUUAAUUCAGAAUCUAUAAACAACAGUAAAGGCUUUGAGCAUUUUUUUGUUUGUUUUCUUUCUCAUUGCCUUAACAGCCAACUGUGGCAUCCUUAUCCUGGAGUUUCCCAGAGAGCUGCUGAUGUCUGAAGUGCAAUAUAUCAGAAAUAAAAAGCAUCGUUUGAAGAGCAUUCGCUCGGGACUGACUGUUUUUUUUUUUCACUCGAGUGUUUUACAGGAGGGGCAGGGUUCUGGUGAAGCAGCAAAGUGUGAGAAAGUGUCAUUAAUGCUUGCAGGAGAGACACCAAGGCCUUUUCUGUUAACACCAGCCGUUUUCUCCUCCUUUCUCUCUUUAAAGGCCAAAAAUCAAUCUCCCUGCAUCACCCUGUGAGCAUUAUAGCCCCUCGCUGCAGCGCUCCGGUGCACACACACACACACACACACCCCCACACACCCCCCACCCCCCACACACACACACACAGAAACACAAGCAGAGCCGGUCGCUUGGUUUUCUUUGCAUCACUGUUUGGGAUUUAGCUCGGUUUCAUUGUUAGCUAACAAUGGGAAGCAGAGGCAGUGGGUUAUACUGUGAUGCAAGGCUCAUUCCUCUAAUCCUGGAAUAACGUGCAAAAAAAAUCUCAUUAUUUAAUAAUUCUUUGGAUAAUUAUUUCACUAUUUCUUCAGAAAAUUUGUCAUUUUUCUGCGGACCACUGAUGAUCUUUGUUUGCCAUAACAUGUUUGCAUUGAUGUUUUUUUUUUUUUCCUCAUUCCUAAUUUUGUAUAUUCUGUGAAGAUUUACAAUUAUGACACUGUUUACACUGACGCUGUUUUCAUCUCUGGUGCACUAUACGAUCAAUCUUUUUUUAGUGUAUUAUGUGCCUUUGUCUGAUGAUUUCUGUUAAAUUAAACCAACUUUUUCAAAUCUU